AGUCACCGAACCAAAAACACCCGACCCGACUCAUGAUCAUCGCUCUCGAGUACCAUCCCAAUCCUAAGAAUUGGAAUUGACGCUCCACCUUCACAAAGUUUUACAAUACUGUUUUCUGAGAACAAAAACAUGGCAGAAGGAGAAUCAAACAAGAGAAAGAUGAAGGAAAUGGAAGGAAUAGCAUCAAUAGCACUACUUCCAUGUGGUUCAAUUUCUGGUCAUUUCAUCCAUCUUCCUCAUUCUACUUGCUAUGGUCUCCAUGGCUCUGAACUUGCAUGCGAACGAGAGUGCAGCAGAGGUGACGACUACCGUUUAAUCAAGCUCAAUAUUGUUGAUUUCAGAACGAAAAGAGAAGCGACUGUGAUCGUAGAAUGUAAAGGACAUGAUGCCGCAAGGUUUAACAAUGCUGAACAUGUUCAUGGCUGGGGAGAUGAUUUCACUAAAGAAGUUGAACAGAAGCAAGCAAAAAACAAGAUUACAGUGUCUUUUGAGUGCCAGUCACUCAAGGCUGAUAAAGCAGCAGAAGAUCACAUCAAGCAAUUCAUGCCCAAAUUGAUGGGCAUGGAUGCUGUUGGAAGAAACAGUAUGAUUUGCGUUCUUCUUGGUGUUUGGGUGAUAAUUGAUGCUGUUUGGCAAAUUGACAAUGUACCAUAUUAUUCAAUAUAAACUCGAAGCUUAUUCAAUAUAAAACUCGGCAGGCCAUAGCUUUGGACCAUCCCUUGUAUUACCUUCUUAGAUUUCACUGUUGCAAAUGCUCUCAUUUGUGACUGGAAUAACAACAAAAGCAAUGCCAAAAUCUUUCCCCAAAUGGGGUUGGCUGCGUGAACCAAGAUUUCUGCUCUUGUGACUAAUUGUCCACAAACAUUCUCUUCCAUUGGUUUCGAAUGACUACUGUAUGCUCUUGAACUUUCAAGUUCUUCAUAUCCCUUUUCUUUCUAUGAACUACAAACUCCAACAAUCUCAGAAUAUUAGUCCAAUAAGACAGAUAAGAAGCUUUUCGUUGACGGUGAGAUGAUAUAAGACAGAGAACAUGAUAAUCUGGUAGUUUCUAAGCUCAAAAGUGUUCAACGUGCCUCUAGUGAGCGUUGAUGCAAAUGUCCAAACCGACUCAAUCAGAUUCGUAUUUUGAAUAUGUAGCACAAACAUACGUAGCACUCAGCUGCUUUAAUAGCAACGACUUGGCUACAACUCAGCUGCUUUACUAGCAACGACUAAGCCUCCUCUAUGUCUUAUUUUUGGUGAUUUCAUGACUCAACCUUUAGGAAUCUUUUACUCCAAAUCCAACACUCUUAAACUGUUGCGAUUCCACCGCUUUUUCCUCAAAUCCGACUUACUAUUCACCCGUGCUCUAGUAUCUACUAUUACUACAAUAUCAAUGCAAACACCUGAGAGAAUUUGACCCUACUUUAGCUUAAACCUGAAUUAACCGAAUUCAAAUGCCUUAAUUAUCAAUAACUAGCUAAUUGUUGUAGCAUGGAUAUUAUCUUGACUGAAACCAACAAUAUGUCAGCCAAAUACAACCUGCAAACAUCAAACAAUACUUAUUUCUGUGUCUGUGUUAGUUCUAUAUUAUGUUUUACCCUGUGCUUACUUCUCACUCAUCCUUUCAGAAGGACUCAUGUAUUUUUUUAGUACACCUUUAUCAAUGAAAUAAAAAAUGGAAAGAUUUACCAAUAUUAUGAUUUGUUCAAUUUUAAUAAGUUGAAACUAGAGCAAAAAUAUAAUGUGGAUGAAUUUGAUCCUAACCAAAGACCUAAUCCUAACAAUUUCAUCAUGGUUUAGAUUGAGUAAUAAUUUUCAAAUUGCAUUAAAUUAUUUGAGAAAUUUCACAUGGUAACCUUGUAUUUUCGACUUUCUCGCAUUGUAGACUAAAUUUUUCUAAUCUGUAUGGUAACCCUGAGCUUUCAAAUUUUCUAUAUGGUAGAUAAAGGGUCAAAUUCUUUGUUAAAUUAAGCAUUCAUUUCAAAGAAAUUUCGAUAAACCUGCCUCAUAAGGAUGAUCGUGACGUUUGUUUUUCUGAAAAAAGUCGUUAUAAUGGGUAAUAACAACGUAAAUUUAACAAAAACCUAAACUUAAUGUCCACUAAGUGAAAAAGUUAGAAGCUUAGGUCACCACGUAAAAAAAAAAAAAAAACAUUUAUCCAUCAUGUGGCAAAGCCAAAAAUUCAGGGUCACAUGUGGCAAAGCCAAAACUUCAGUAUCCCACAUGGAAUUCCUCAAAAUAUUCUAAUUGACAAUAACUUGAUAUGAAUCAUGACCUAAAAUCUAAUAUGCCCACCGUAAAUCAAAUUUAUGUUGAAUCCUAUGAAGCAGAUAUGACAAUGCUGCAUCAAUUCAAAUGGUACCGAAAUUAAUAAGAUGAUUAUCUAUGUUACUGGGAAACUUGUUGUAUUCUUUUCUAUGCCAAUGAGUGGACCCUUGUUUCAAUUGUGAAUUAAACCAAGGUAACCUUGUUUAGAACUUAUUGAGAUUCAAUGGUCCUUGAUCUUAUGUUUCUUCAUUAUUAACUUAUCUAACCUUUUUAUUUCUUCUCUAAAAACUUUUUCCUUAACUUUUUUCACGUUUAAGACACGAUCCUUCAAAUUUACUUUCGAAAUCAACUCCUUAUAGGGCGUUUGGUUAGUAGUAUUGAAAGGUGGUAAUGAGAAUGAGUUUUAGUGUUAAUUUUCAUAAAAUGUGCUAUGCCGUUCUCAUGGUAUUGAAGGUUUCAUCCCUAAUAUGUGUUUUCUUCAUGAUUUUCAUUACUUUCCGUUAUCACUUCUUACCACAUAAUACCAUAUUUUCAAGUGGUAAUGAAUGAAAAUAAAGUUUGUAUAGAAAAAUAAUUGAUUAGUGUAGGACGAGCAUGGUCAUCAAGUAGAUUUCGUAACUAAAGUACAUUAAAUUUUCAUUACCAUUGCCUUUAAAUAAAAUAACCAAUCUGGUCAUAAGUGUCAACCUUUCAUGUGCUGAUUCAUUACUUGUUACUAAGUGCUUCAACUCCCAAAGAACAGUGCCUCGUUAGCAGAGGGAGUCCUAAUCUUAGAAAUACUGUGAACUCACUAGUGGAAAAAACCUCUUAUGCUGUGGAUUUUUAGCCGUUAUAUGAUGCGUUUUAGGCCCCAAGCACUUGUAAUAGCAGCAUAUUAGUUUUAAGCUGUGUAACUAAAAAACCGCAGCAUAUAUGGUUAGGUAGACAGUUUUUUUUCCACUAUUGACUGUUUGAAAAUGAAAUGAUCAUGUCUUACUUAUUAGUG